UACAAUGUUUACUUACUUUUCAUCUGCUAUUAGAAACUCAGUCUAAAUAGCAGUUUAAUUUGUGUUAAGCUAAAUUAAUUAUAAUCAAUAGCUUUCAGUUUUCACAAUUAUUAACAAGUUAUGUUUUCACUGUUUAGUUUUCAAUUGCCUCAACCUCUACUAAACGUAUUAAUUGGAGUUGUCCUCUUCUGGUUGGUAAAGUAUUUGUUUUACACAAUAAAAAGGAUUCGUUCAUUACCGCCUGGUCCUUGGGGUCUUCCCAUUGUUGGUUAUUUGCCCUUUCUCAAAGACCAUGUUUACCUUCAGUUUGACCAAUUGUCAAAAAAGUAUGGACCAGUUUAUUGUUUAAAAUUGGGUGAUUUCGAUGUGGUCUUGGUUUGUGAUUGGCCUCAUCUGAAAGAUGCUACUUCCAAUGAUGCCCUACUUGCUCGACCAUAUGAAACACUCAUUCCUGGUGGUGGCGAUAACCGAGGAUUUUCUGAAAUGUCAGGGGAACCUUGGCGUCAACACAAACGUUUAUCAUUACACAUUUUACGUAAUGUUGGUUUGGGAAAGAGUAAAAUUGAAACUCUGAUUAAAGAAGAAAUUGAUCAAUUUCUAGCAACUUUAGAUACUGGCGGUGAACCUGUUGAUUUUAGUGAAAAAAUUUAUCCAUCGAUUUCUAAUAAUAUUUCCAUAUUGUUAUUUGGUCAUAAAUAUGAUUACAAUGAUCCUGCUAAAAUCGCAAUGGACCGAGCUCAAAUGGGUUUCACUAGUUUGUUCAAAUUUGCUGGAGUCUUAGCAUUUCUUCCUUGGUUAACUAAAGUAUUUUUCUUGCUUGGUAAGUUUGAUGUACAAUUCAUACAAAAAAAUGCCCAAGCUAUCGAGAAAUUCAUUCAAGAUGAAGUUGACAGACACCGAGAAAAUUACAAUGAAAAUCAUGAAGUCGUCGAUUACAUCGAUGGUUACCUGGAGGAGAGAAAAAGAAGAGAGAAACAGAACAUUCCUGAAGAUACUUUCACCCUUGAUACAGCGAAGCGAAAUGCAGGUGCAUUUUUUGGUGCUGGUUCAGAGACUGUACACAGUACAAUGGAAUGGGCAAUAUUAUACCUUGUAAAAUAUCCAGAAUAUCAAGACAAAAUACGUUCAGAGAUAGCUGAUGUCAUUGGAUUUGAAAACAGACCAGAUUUUGCUGAUAGAGCAAGAAUGCCAUUUACAAUGGCAUUUAUUCAUGAAGUUCAGCGGAUUGAAUCAAUCAUUGCAAAUAAUUUACUCAGAAGAGCAUCUGAAGAUACCAAAAUUGGUAAUCACUUCAUACCUAAAGAUACGUUGGUGAUGUUCAAUUUCUGGUCAGUUAAUCAUGAUCCUAAAUUAUGGGUUAAUCCAGAUAAAUUUGAUCCAACUCGUUACCUUACUGAAGAUGGCACUAAAGCAGUGAAACCACCUUAUCUCAUACCUUUCAGUGCCGGUAAAAGGAACUGUCCAGGUGAAGGUUUAGCCUACGUGGAAUUAUUUUUAUAUUUAGUUUGUAUGGUACAAAGAUAUCGUAUCAAAGUCGAACCAGGAACUGAAAUAUCUUUUGAAGCAGUUUUCGGAAUUUCAAGACGACCAGCUAACCUUCCGCUUUUCAUUUUUGAAAAAAUUACCCAAUGAGACUAAAAAUUGGUUAUUAAGUACUUCUAAGUACUCAUUCGCAAAUGAUAUUGAUGCAACUGAUUAUCUGGUAUUUUUCCUCGUCUUCUAAAUAUUGAAUAUAUCAAGAUCUAAAAUCAAUUUGUUUUGCUUCGGUAAAUUUUGCCUGCUUUUACCUCAUGUAUUUGUUAAAUAGCUAAUCUGACUAUUCCAUCUGUAUGUAUUCAUAACUCUGAUAUUUCAUCGCACAAAAUAAAAUGAGCUUAUUCAAUCAAAGCCAAUCA